CUAGUUUCACUAACAGUUUAGCACACAGUGCUAGCGGGAGAGAUCAACAAUGGCGGAGGAGGAGAGAGAAAUCGAAGUGCGUACGCUGACGGGUGAAUCCACAACGGUUUUUAUAGGGCCAAACAAAACCAUUAGCGACCUCAAGCUUCUAUUGACUCUCACAUUCCCUCCUGCUUCUUCUUCCCCCAAUUUUCACCUCUUCUUCAAGGGAGUUAAAUUGGGGUUGCAGAGUCGCAUUAGCUCUACUGAACCUGGUGAACUGUUAGUAUUGGUUCCAUUCAUCAAGAAAGAUAAGCCUCAGACGCCAAGUUCUGAUUUUUCAACAAAUUUGCCUAAGCAAAGUUUAAACUCUGCAUAUGCUGAUUCAGUUUAUUCAGAUAUGAUGCAAGAGUUCUCGUCUUUUCUUGACCAAUCAAAUGAUACAAAUGCUAGUUAUUCUGGGUGCAAACGAAAAAGGGUUUUUGAGAACUAUAAUGAUAAGCAUGAAGAAGAAGGACCUUAUGCCUUUUUAUGGAGUACUUUGCAGUCUUCCAACAAGAAUAUUAUUGAUGACCAGAAUAGUAGAAAGUUUGUUGAGGUUUUGGAAUCCUUGAAUUGCUUGAGAAGUCCACAUUUUGGGACUUGUAUUUUGUUAGGAAAUCGGGCUAAUAGUGAUUCAGGAUUAUACAGUGACAACAAGGUUUCAUGCUUUUGUCCGGCAUGGUUGAAAAGAAUUAUGAAGGCAUUUGCUUUCUUGAAUAUUUUCUCUGCAUUUCUCCAAAUGCAGAAGGAAGAAAUUACCUCGACUCGUUUGAAGGACGCUCUAAAGCAGCUUAGCAAAUUUGGGUUUGGAGCUGACUUUGAGGAUAUAGAGCAUAUUGCUAUUCUUUGUUCUAAGGUAGUGAGCUUCACUAGUAAUGAAACAAAUCCUGGAAAUUCUGCCGAUGCCCUUAUUAUCAUCAAUUCUGAAUCAGAAGAAAGAAAGGAAAUUCUAACCCGAUCGAGGAAUGAUCAAAAAGCCAUGUCUCUAUCAAAGAUAUUUACCGUGAUCAGAAAGCGUGAAAACUCCUUUAAAACUGAUCUGUGGACAGCUGCUAGACUUCUAAUGGGUAAAAGUGGAAAUGCAAUUACAAUGCACUUUUCCUUAGAAGAUUUACUCAAAUUUGUGAAGGAAGGUGGUGUUCCUGCAAGGGGAAAUAAAGCAAAAAAGGAAAAAGGAAGCCAGUUCAUUGCUCCACGCUCUUAUUCAUUCCGAACACGAUGUUCGGACACAAAUAAAUUGCUACCAGCAGAAAUGCUUCAACAUCUCAGAGAGGGCACUGGAGCAAAUGGACAAAUAGUGCAUGUUGAAGACAUUGGUGCCAGAAAUGCAAUAUGUGUAGAAAUACCACAUGAACUCUCAGAUAACAUAAAAUCUUCCCUCAAAUGUAUGGGGAUCACUAAAUUAUACAGCCACCAGGCAGAGUCUAUCAUGGCAUCCCUUGCCGGGAAGAAUGUUGUUGUCUCAACAAUGACGUCUAGUGGGAAGUCCCUUUGCUAUAAUAUACCAGUUCUUGAAGUAUUGUCCCAGAAUUUGGAUUCAUGUGCUUUAUACUUGUUUCCAACUAAGGCCUUAGCUCAAGAUCAACUAAGAGCAUUAUUAGCUAUGACAAAUAGAUUUGACACUGCCAUAAAUAUUGGCAUAUAUGAUGGCGAUACAUCUCAGAGGGAAAGGCCAGAGCUGCGUGCUAAUACUAGACUGUUGAUCACAAAUCCAGAUAUGUUACACAUGACAAUCUUACCAUUUCACAGACAGUUCAGUCGAAUUUUAUCAAAUCUGAGGUUUGUGGUGAUUGAUGAAGCUCAUGCUUAUAGAGGAGCAUUUGGAUGCCAUACUGCUCUUAUAUUGAGAAGACUCCGCCGGAUAUGUUCUCAUGUUUAUGGAAGUGAUCCCUCAUUUAUAUUCUCAACUGCAACUUCAGCCAACCCUCGUGAGCAUUGUAUGGAACUUGCAAAUCUUUCAACGUUGGAGCUUAUUAACAAUGAUGGGAGUCCUUCUUCUCAAAAACUUUUUGCUCUCUGGAAUCCACUUUCAUAUCCAGGAACUGCGUCGAAUAAAGAUGAUAGUCUGACUGCAAAUAAAAAAUCAAGCCCAAUUUCAGAAGUUUCAUACCUCUUUGCAGAAAUGGUUCAGCAUGGACUUCGUUGCAUAGCUUUUUGCAAUUCACGCAAACUCAUUGAGCUUGUUUUGUCCUAUACGCGUGAGAUCCUUCAAAAGACAGCACCCCACCUCGUGGAUUUAAUAUGUGCUUAUCGUGCCGGCUACACUGCUGAGGAUCGAAGGAAAAUAGAGAGUGAUUUUUUCAGUGGAAAGCUGUGUGGAGUUGCUGCAACCAACGCGCUUGAGUUGGGAAUAGAUGUUGGACACAUUGAUGCCACUCUGCAUUUAGGCUUUCCUGGUAGUAUUGCUAGCCUAUGGCAACAAGCAGGCAGAUCUGGACGAAGAGAAAAGCCAUCUCUUGCUGUGUAUGUUGCAUUUGAAGGGCCUCUUGAUCAGUAUUUUAUGAAAUUUCCAAAGAAACUCUUUAGUAGCCCAAUUGAGUGCAAUCAUAUUGAUGCUCAAAAUCAGCAGGUGCUUGAACAACAGCUGGUCUGUGCUGCUUUUGAGCAUCCAUUGAGUGUGAUUUAUGAUGAGAAACAUUUUGGCGCUGGUUUGAGCUAUUCCAUAAUGACCCUUAAAAAUAUGGGAUACCUGAGUUCUGAUCUGUCACAUGAUUCUUCUGCUAGAAUAUGGAGCUACAUUGGCCGUGAGAAAAUUCCAUCACAUGGAAUUAGUAUUCGAGCGAUAGAGACUGUAAGAUACAGAGUUGUAGACAGAAAUGGGAAUGAGGUCCUCGAAGAGAUAGAGGAAAGCAAAGCUUUCUUUCAGGUAUACGAGGGUGCAGUCUAUAUGCACCAAGGGAAGACAUAUUUGGUGGAGGUAUUGAAUGUAUCAGAAAAGUUUGCUCUGUGUCGUAGAGCAGAUUUGAAAUACUACACAAAAACCCGUGAUUAUACAGAUGUUCAUGUCUGCGGUGGUGAUAUAGCGUAUCCAGCAAGGGUUUCCAAGAACCAAUCCUUAAAAACAACAGCUCAAGCAAGUCAUUGCAAAGUUACAACUACUUGGUUUGGCUUCUAUUGCAUACAAAGAGGGACCAACAACGUCUUAGAUAAAUUUGAUCUUUCUCUUCCUAAAUACUCAUAUGAUUCACAGGCAGUUUGGAUUCAAGUUCCUCAAUCAGUUAAGAAUACGGUACUGAAAGAUUUUCCAUUCCGGGAGGGUCUGCAUGCAGCUUCUCAUGCUCUUCUUAAACUAGUGCCUUUAUAUAUAAGAUGCAAUUCGUCUGACUUGGCUCCAGAGUGUCCUAAUCCUCAUGAUACCCGCUACUGCCCUGAAAGAAUUCUCAUAUAUGAUCAGCAUCCAGGAGGAACUGGUGUCACAAAGCAGAUUCAACCCUAUUUCACAGAACUUCUGAAUGCUGCUUUGGAACUUCUCACAUCCUGCCAUUGCUCUGGAGUUACCGGUUGCCCAAGCUGUGUUCAAAGUUUGGCUUGUCAUGAGUUCAAUGAGGAGAUACACAAGGGUGCAGCCAUUGUGAUCAUUAAGGGUGUUUUGGAUGCAGAGAAAGAUUACUUCAAAUAUAUGCAUGACUCUUCUCAUGACCCUAGAGAUCAAUGUCCUGAUUCCUAAUUGAUUGACAUUAUUUAUGUAUUUAUUUAACUAUUUUGUUGCAGAGGAGAAAGGGAAGAGACUAUUGAGUUCCUUUUACGCCAAAGUUACACAGCAAAUCCUUAGACUUAUUAAAAUUUCUAGUAAAUUUGCGUGUUAAGGCAAUAUCGAGGGUAUAAAACACUUCUUGUAACGGCAAUGCAUAUGUGGACUUAAGAACAUAUUUCUUUUAGGGCUUAGGACAUAUCAUGUUUAGCUAAAGAGCACCGGUGUGGGAUGAAAAAAAUUUUCUUCUCCUUUUGGGCAUUUGAUUUUGAAAAUACACAAAAAAUAA